AUGAAGGUCGCUGUGUUGGACCUGGGGUCUCUGUUUGCCAAGAUCUUCAAGAUCUCAACAGCGUCCCCGGCGGUCUCCAGCCACCCUGGAGGUGCAGCGGCCACAGGAUCAGUGGACUCCGGAGCCAGCACAUCACUUAGAGAGGCUGAGACCCUGACUUUGCUCCCAUCUCUGCCUCCAGACACUGCGGCCUCACGGGAACCCUUCACCCCUGCUCACACUCCGCUCCCUGCCUCGCACCCCAGGAGUUCGGCAGCCACCCAUAGGGUAGAAGCAGCAGGGUGUCCCGGAUCUCUGCCCAGCAACUCAGGGGCAUCCACAGCACUGCCCUUAGCCUUCUACAGCGGCUCUGUGUGCUCCGUGGCCUCAGGGGCUUUGCCCAGCCCAGGGGCUGUCUGGGCGACCCUGCCUUCCGUCACCAUCCCCUUGGACAGCAACAGCAGCGAAGCCUCGAGUCCACGGAACCCUCGCCACCUGCCAGCUCCUGGAGAUCCAGAGCCCAGUGUAUGGAUGGCCCCAGGUCCUGUCCCCAAAACUCUGUUUUUUACCUUGCCAGACAUUGGCGAGGAAUGGACCUCGGACAGCGACUCCCAGGAUGACCCAGAAGGAAGGGGACUUUCAGAAGGAAUCAGGAAGCACAACUCUGAAAAGAGCAAAUAUCCUUUACCUACAAAUUUUACGAGAAACGUGCAGAAAGCCAUUGAUAAAUUCUCCAGCGAGUCCCCCUCAUCCUUUUCAUCCACUGGGAGCCGCACGCCCACAGAGGCCCACAAUUCAUGGCCUGACUCUUCUACACAGAGCUCCACCACGGGACUGUCUACGGAGAGGAGCUCAGUUUCUUCGUGGAGAGAUGAUGAAUUUGACAAAGUCAAUGCACAGAAAGUCCAGCAACUGUUUUGGGAGGUUGAGGAACUGCUAUUUGAAGGGAAAGUGAGUCCCCAGACCCAGAACCUCCUGACUGAAUGCAACGAAUGGGCAAGAAGAUCCCUCCAUCUUAGGGUGUUAGGAAGACAGCUCAUCCCACCAACUGAUGAAGGUUUCCAACACUUCCAGGGGAGCCUGCCUAGUUCUGCUAGUCACAAGCCUUUACCUCAUAUCCCUGACCACAUCAGCAGCACCAGAGAGCUGUGUAUUUCUGGCUCUCAGAUAGUCCCUGAGGUGCUCUCAGCUUCUGCCCUGACAGACCCCGAUGGCACAGAACAGGACCUCACAUCAUGUUCCUCCCUGAAAGAAGAGGUCUACCACGUGGAUGGAAACAUUGAAGAAUAUUUCGCUUUUGACAGGAAACAGGAUGGGGAUGAGCAUCUUGAACAAAACCCAACACUCCGUGGCAAGAAGUGGCGUCGACAUGGGCUUCCUCCCAUUUCCCCUGUUGACUGUGUCAGAGAUGCCGUGGCAGCAGAAGUGUUUGAUCACGUUUGGAGCAAUGUUGUAGAAAUACUGGAAGAUCUCGUUAGAAAAACCUGGGACUCUGCACUCACAGAUGGAAAAAAGCAUAAGGAAAAGCUGAAAGUGGCUGAGAAUAGAUCUCCACACGUGCUCAUGUCUCGUCUCAACACGGAUGUUUGCAGUGUCCCCCCAUCUCGAAGCUCUGAAACGCUCCAGCCAUCCUUGGUUCCCCACUUUAAUCCACCCCAGUUUCCUCAGCCCCAUCGCUUCUCCAGCAACUUCUACCGUGACUUGAGCGGCGUAAUGACGAUUCAAGCCAAGCCGCUUCAGCAGAGACCCACGUACUUUGCAGAUCGAACACAAAAUGAGCAAGAUGACAAAUUGCCUGGGGGAGGGGUUGGAGCAUCUUCCCGGCUCAGACUUGGCCGAAUUCUAGACACUCGGGGACCACAGACUUCUGCCAAGAAGACACCAGUGCACAGGAGACUGCCUUCAAUUGCUUCAGACCCACAGAGGCUGAAAACCCCCACUGUCUACAGUGAUGAAAUUCUGAGAGGAACCAAACUGCAAACUGGCAUCGACCACCUGCCCUCCCCAGCAGCAGCUCAAACCUCCCGGAACCGGUUACCCCCGAUAGGCUCUGAGGCUGGGGAGCAGAACACAGCAGCCUCCGGAUCCCGCCCUGUUUCUUACAGGGGAAGGCACCCACAGAACCGUGUGCUCAGCGCGAUGCCUGACAGCAUGGAAAGGUCACCCCUUCGAGAAAGGACCAUUGUCCUGGAGCAGCCUUCAAGGCCCAGCACGACACAUACAUUCCUGUCAGACACACCGAGGAAAGGCUCCCUGACACCCGUGGAUUUCGCUGCUCACACUUGGACUGGUCAUGGUAUUUUGACAGGUUCACAGUAUCUGCCUAAAUCUUACCAGAGGGUAACUCUGACUGCAAGAAAGAGGUUCCAAGUGGCAUCGUGACGUUACUGCUCACAAAUUAUGGACUUGCUGGAAGACUUGAAGCCUUGGCCACACCAUUUGUCCCAUGAAAAGAAGAGGAACAAGUAUUACCUGGUGUAUAUACUCAUCUCUCUGGCAGCAGGAGACACUAGAAUACCUGAAAGGAACACAAGAGAAUAAGUAACUGAGUUUCAAACACUUGAAAAGCAUUGCAAAGAGAAUAAAAGUUGAACUCCCUAA